AUGGCCCACACCGCCUUCUUCUACGGCACCCUCAUCGCCCCGCCCGUCCUGCACCGCGUAAUCUGGGGCUCCCCCACCCCGCCAACACCGACCCACGCGGCGCUCCUAACCACCCGCCCCGCGGUACUCCACGGCUACCAGCGGCGCCGCGUGCGGGGCGCGGAUUACCCUGCUAUUGUGCCUGCGGAGGGGGGCGAGGUGAGGGGGGUGUUGGUGGAAGGGUUGAGCGAGGGGGAUGUGUGGCGGUUGGAUGUGUUCGAGGGGGGGGAGUAUGUGAGGCGGGUUGUGCGCGUCAGGGUUGAGGGGGGCGGGGUGGAGGGGGACGGUGUUGCAGCGAACGGGGGUGAUCAGGAUCAGGGGGGAGACAAGGGCGGCGCGGCGCAAGGACUCGCAGAAGACUCAGAAAUCGGGGCAGAAGUAGAAGUCGACGCCGAGGUGUACGUCUGGAUCGCCGGGCCGGAGCGGUUAGAGCCCCAGGAGUGGGAUUUCAAGCACUUUGUGAGAGAGAAGAUGGGCGCGUGGGUUGGGGGCGGGGAGGGCGCGGAUGAGGGGUUCAAGGGUGCGUGA